AUUUUGAUAUUAGGAAAAGUAGGUUUCGGUCCGGGUGAACAAGAUUGGGGAUAUGUAACAGUUAGACAACAUUCCCAUAUGUUCUGGUGGCUUUAUUACACCACGGCCAACGUUCAAUCGUAUUACGAAAAACCUUUAAUGAUUUGGUUGCAAGGUGGUCCUGGUGGAUCUUCCACUUCUUAUGGAAACUUUGAAGAACUUGGUCCUCUCGAUACAAAUUUGAAACCAAGAAAUUAUACAUGGAUUAAAGAUUACAAUGUUUUGUUCAUCGAUAAUCCAGUUGGUACUGGAUUUAGCUAUGUUGAAAACUCAGGAGCAUAUGCUCGAACGAACGAACAAAUUGCUAUUGAUCUCGUUGAAUGCAUGAAAGGUUUUCUAAAGAAAUUACCUGAAUUUUCUAAUGUACCUACUUAUAUCCUAACUGAAUCGUAUGGUGGAAAGAUGGGGGCUGAAUUUGCUCUAGUUUGGUAUAAGGAACAGCAAAAAGGUACUAUUAAAAGUAAUUUAAAAGGGGUUGGUCUCGGUGAUGCUUGGAUAUCUCCAAUCGAUUCUGUUAUGACUUGGGCACCUUUUUUACUUAGCACGGGUAUGAUCGAUUCUAACGGUUAUAGAAAAAUUGAAAUAUCAGCCAACGCAACUAAAGAUGCAGUUAAUAGUGGUCGAUGGUCAAUGGCCACUACUUUAUGGAGUUACACAGAAAAUGUCAUUGUCAAAGCUACGGAUAAUAUCGAUUUUUAUAACAUUCUAACAAAACUGUCUCCUGCCUACGAACGUUCUCGAUCUCUUGGAUUAUCAUCAAUUUAUACCGUAGGAGAUGCUAAAUAUCACAAUUUGAUUCAACGAGAUGGUAGAAGUUUAGAGGAUUUAAUGAACGGACCGGUAAAAACUGCACUUGGUCUUGAAACUUUUCAUGGUAGACAAUCCAAUAUGGUGUUCACUAUGUUGAUGGAGGAUUUCAUGAAACCGAUUGUGAAUAAAGUGGAACUCUUACUGAAUGAAACUAACAUCAAUGUAUUUGUAUACACUGGACACAUGGACCUCAUCGUUGAUACACCAGGCACAGUACUCUGGGUUGAUAACAUGAAUUGGAGAAAUUCUAACAAUUGGCGUAAUGCUAAAAGAUUAUCAUUGGUUUCUGAUCGCAUUAUCGAAGGUUACUCUAAAAGAUACGGUAAUUUUGGAUUAUAUUGGGUCAACAGAGCAGGACACAUGGUACCAAAAGAUAAUCCUGCAGCCAUGGCGCAAAUAUUAAAAGAUUUAGCAAAAAAUGCAAACACUACAUGAUUUUGAUAAUUAUAU